AUGUGGCCAGCAACGACGAAUUCCAAAAUAUCACAGACCGUGGGGCCGUCAUCACCACCCGAGACCCCCAGGACCGCCUCUCCCGUUUUCGGCCGCAAGAGCAGUCCCCGGCCUCGGGAACGACGGCCACCACCACCACCACCAUCACAAGGAGCCCAACACCGUCGUCCAAUGGCCCCGCCGCCGCUGUUAGUGCCGAUCGGCCAAGCGGCGGUGAACGGCCUGAUGAACAUGGCCUUCUCCAACCACGCCGGGGCCAUCCGCCCCGGCCAGCUCUCGCCGCGAUCGAGUAGCUCGUCGUCCGUACCAGCGUCUGACUCCGAAGAUUCGGAUGAUUCUGAUGAUUUCGCUGCCCUCUCUCCUCCCUCGCCGCCGACGGCGACCGAGGGCUUACGACCACCAACACCGGACCCACCUGCGCCCCGGCCGCCCGUCCGGGUCACCCGCAUCGUCACGGAGACGGAGCUCGUCGUUGAGGAGAUGAGCGACUUCGGCGAGAGUGACAGCGACCGGGCCAAUGUCAUCCGGCCAUGCGCAAUUGAGUAUCCGGAGUCAGACCAUAGCCGCUCGGGGUCGCGCACCCGGCCCGAAAUUGACUCGAGAAACCUGUUCAACGGCCUCAGCCUCAACUGCAGUGACGACUCGGAUCUGACCGACAUGGACGAGCAGGAAUUUCAUGCCUGUUUAAUGAAGCGCCGUGCGGAGCGGCGCCACAAACGUAUGACGUCAGGAAGCAUCGGCAAGCGCACCAUCAGCGAGAGCAUCGGCAGCGACACGGACCGUGAGGAUAUCCGCUCGCUGUUGGGCGUUGAAGAGGCCGGCUCCAGCGCACGCCGCCUCCGUCGGAGGGUGGGUGAUCGUCGCAGCCUGCAGUUCUCUGAUCCGCCGGCGCCGAGAAUUGAUGAGCUUGACGAGCCAGCCUCGAGCGACGACGAAAUCAUUAUUGGGGAGUCGCUCGCCCGAGAGCUCCCCUACUAUGAAUAUGUUAGCAUGGAGGUUGAUUCUCCGUAG